AUGACUGAAAAGAAAAUUAAGGAAAAGGUCAAAAAGCGGGAGCGUAUUGUCGCAUCAUUACAGCGACAUGCGCAAUUUCUGGGCAGUUUCAACCCAGAUAUUCAUACGGGGGAAGUUCAGUCAAGACUGGACAAGAUUGAGACAAAGUUUGAAGAGUUUGAGGAGGUUCAAGAAGAAAUCGCAGAGCUGGACGCGGAAGGGAUCUAUGAGGAGGACUGCACCACGGCCUACGAGGAAUUCGAGAAGCUGUACUAUCGUUUACGGGCGGCUUUGCUGGCAAAACUACCAACGGAGGAGACUGCUGUUGAGCGGAAUGGUCAACAUGUAGGGGCGCACACUGGUGUUCGUCUGCCGCAGAUUUCUCUACCGGAGUUCGGCGGCGACUACAAGGGAUGGCUGUCGUUCAAGUCAACGUACGUGUCGCUGAUUCACGAUUCUGGGGAGCUAAGCGACGUGCAGAAGUUCCAUUACCUGAAGUCAGCGCUUAAAGGGGAAGCAGCCAAACUUAUCGAAUCGCUCACGCUUACCAACGAUAACUAUUCGAUUGAUUGGAGCACGAUUACGAAGCGGUAUUCCAACGAGUACCUGUUGAAGAAGAGGCAUUUGCAGGCACUGAUGGAGUACCCGAAAGUGGAAAAGAGUCGUCUGUGGCUCUUCAUGCCCUGGUGGAUGAAUUCGAACAGCGGCUGA